AUGGCGAUCCUCAACCAACAACAAAUGAUGGCUUCUAAUGAAUGGGAAUCAAACAAUGGGUUUUCAACUCAGAUGCCAAUAAGAUCAAACCGUCCCGUCAGCUGGCACCCAUCCUCACAACAACCUAUGUGUCAACCAGGGCAUUCUACGAGUGGAUACCCGUUCCCCCAGGAGUAUUACAACUUUGAUGUCCCGACACCAGCUGUAUACUCAGGAUAUGCAUCACCAGACUCCAGCUUUUCUCCUGAGUCGAUGCCUUUUAGUGAGGAUCACCACAACUCAUAUCCCUUCACCACCGCUCCUACUUCAUAUCCACUCGAUCAAUUCUACACCCCGGAACAUACACCAUUAGAAAACCCCCUGAUGGCUGUCCAAGCUCCAUACAUAAACAACAAUCAAGAUUCAACAAUGUAUUCACAUUUUGAUUGGAACAACUUUGCACCAAGUGGAUUCAAGGAUGGUACCACUCCACCGACACCAGAUAACUUCCUUCCCAUUCAACAUCCCGACCCCACUUUUACUCCAGAAGAAUCGAUACCUUAUCAUCCACUUUCUGAUGAUGAGCCAGAAGGAGAGGAGUUAAUUGGUAUGGGAUUGUAUGACACUCCGGACAAUAGCAAAACAUCGCUCUCGGAUCCUCAACUCGAUAAUUAUCGAAUGAUGUCGUCACAGCUGUUAGGUAACAGCUACCGUCGACUUGAACCAGUUGGGAAGUGUUUGAAAUUGGAGGAGACUUGGCAACCACCAUUCGAAGAUGAUGAUGACAAAGAUCACGAGGAGGAUGGUGAAGGAGAAAACGAAGAGCAGGAGGACGAAGAGGAAGGUGAGGAAGAUGAGCAAGAAGUUGUGUCAGGAAGACCUGCUCAAGUGGUUGACACUGCUGCUUAUAUGAUGGGCACUACACAAAACUUUCCCAACUUCGACGCAAGUUACGCAACGAAUUAUGGCACUACAGGCUGGAUCUGA